AUGGAAUUUCUACAAGCAGUAGCUAAAAAUGAUGUAGAGAAAGUGAGAAUCAUGCUCCAAUCAAGCAUCGAUGUUAAUAACUCAUUCAUGUGGAACUCAAAAAACACCUAUUCUCCUGUCAUACCAUCCGAUCUAAAAAACAAACCCGAGCUUUUAAACAGUCUUCAAACAGAUCAAGAGUAUUUAUGCAAACCACUCAAUAUUGCUGUGAUUGGAGGCUAUGCCAACAUGGUCAGACUCUUACUCAGUGCAGGUGCUGAUAUCAACCACAAGGACGGCCGCGGAAGAACAGCAAUCGUAUGUGCCAUUUAUGGUUUGGAUUUGGAUGCGUCUAAUAUCAACACAUCCAAUCUUCAUUUGAUUUCUCAAACAAAUGCAACGCAUUUUGAUAUCAUGAAAAACAUCCUCUUAUGUCAUCCCAACUUGUACUCAGCUACUUUGGAUUCGCCUCAAUAUGAAAUCAAAGGUAUUACACCUUUAUGUCUAGCAAGCUACUUGGGAAAAGCAGAAGUGAUCCAAUUGUUAUUGGAAGAUGGUCGAGUCAAUGUAGAUGGGACAGACAGUAAAAAUGCUACUGCACUCAUGUAUGCUGCAAGAGAUGGUAAUGUGCCUAUUGUCAAAAUGCUGUUGAGCUAUCACGCUUCUCCAGACAUCACAGAUAGCCAUGGUUGGUCUGCUAUUCAAUACGCUGAAAGAAGUCCCGAAAUUGUACAGCUUUGCGAACAAGUAUUGAGAAUCAAACGCUCUGAACUCACUGUGGCAGCCAAUCAUUGUGCUGUCAAUUACCCUAUCAACUACUCAAAACUAUCUCAUUUGCUUACAACCAUACCAAACUACCCUUCUUCGCUUGCUCAUUUACAUUUUGACGCCUUGAAAGAUAUCGAUUACCUUGAUCCUUCAGCUGCACCCCUUGUGCAUAUUGUUCAAUCGGCCUUUUUACAAGCAAUCAAGAUACAUGAUCACCUAUCACUUCAAACCUUGUUGAUGCGUUCACCUCCUCUCAACAAUUUCCAUCAAGGCGGUCCUUUACUCGUGAACCACCAUGAUGCUAAGACCGGGUUAACCGCUUUUCAUCAUGCCAUGCGAACCAAGCCUUUACCUUCGCUUGACACCAUCACCAUGCUGUUCCAAGCAGGAGCCGACAUGAACGCACAAACCUACUAUGGUCGGACAGCACUUCAUCACCUGGCUCGCUUUGGUCUUGAUAAAGACGGUAUCACGUGGGGCAUCCAAAAAAGCAACCCCAAAGAAGGCAAGACGACCACCAGUACACCCCCUUCGUCUCCUUCUUCAAAGACGACGGAGACCAUGAUGGGUGUGUCCAACGUGCCUGAGCAUUUGGCCAUGUGCGCCUCGCUUUUGAUCCGGUUUGGUUCACUUGUCAAUAUUGCAGAUCCGACUGGCAACACUCCAUUGCAUUUUGCAGCAGAGUUUGGUGGUGUGCCUGAAGUAGUGGAAGUGUUGAUUUUAGAAGGCAAUGCAGACCUUAGUCUCAAGAACAAAAAGGGCUUAACUCCUUUAGAUGUCUGCAAAUCAGAUGAACUGAAAAAGAAAAUGCUCCAGUUAGAAGCUGAACGUAAGACGUGUUACAAGACAAAAUCCAUCCUGAGUUCACUCAGUGGUACCAUUCGCCCCUUUGAUUCUGCCAGUGAAUACAAUCGGACCUCCAUCGUGGCUUAUGCUCCGCGCCAGCAUGCUAACAUGUCACAUUUCUUUCAAGAUAAAAAGAUGCAUAUGGCCACUCAGAAGCAGUUGCUGGUCAGUACAAUUCAACGUAAAGAAGACGAUCCAAGCUACGAGGAUUAUUCUGAUUUUGAUGUGAUCUUGAAAGCAUUUUUUGAUUAUCAGACAACAUUUACAGAUUCAAUUGAGUCUUCUCUGGCCUAUAUUACGGAUUCGAUCAUGGGUACCUGGAAAGAAGAUGAAGAACAACAGUCCCUGCGUUAUGAGUUACGUGAAGCACACGAGAUGUUUGAUGCCACAGACCAGUUGGUGGAAAAAGUCAUGAUGUCCUUUCGUGAAGAACUUGAACAGGUAGAACAGGUCCAUCAAGCAGAUUGGGAACUCUCUGAACUUCAGCACGAUAAAAUUGAAAAGCUAUUUGAUGUCUUUGAACGCAUUGAUCAUCGCUUCUGUCAAUUAGAGCUGGCUCAGUAUGACUUGAUUGCUCAAGUAGAACGACUGAGAAAAGCAGCUACAAGAAAGCAACAACAGUUUAACCUUUUGGAUCAAGAAGAACAAACCAUUGAUAGUGGAGACUGUGUCAUUCAUUUGCUACAAUCCUUGUUGAUACUACAGACAGUGCCUAUUGACAAAAUAAUUUGUUUGCGUGAUGAUCGAAACAGACUUCAUCAAGAUAUGACAGUUGUUGUAGAACAAGUCAUGAAGCAACUAGAACAAGAGAAAGAUGAAAAGUAUGAAAAUAUAAAGCAGUCAGUCAAAGAAAGAUGGUCCAUCGUACAAGACAUGUUGACAAAGAACUAUUCGAUAGAAGAAGACAAGGCGUUAUCGCCUUAUUCCACAAAAGAACCAAAGCAGUCGAAGCGAAACAAGCGUCUGAAUUUUUCAUAUGAUAAGCACCAGAGUCAAUCAUCGUUAGAUCAACUUGAACUCUCGUUUGAUAUUCUUCAAUCCAACCUUUAUGAAAUUCAAAAAGACAUUGAAGAAGUCAAUGGACAUCUUGAGAAACUCUUGGAAAGCAAAAAAGAAAUGUAUGAACUUUGUAUCAGUCUGGAAAAAGAACUGGACGAUAACAGCAAGCGACCUCAAGACCAAGUUCAGUCAGAAUUGAACCAAGUCUUAAAAUUCACGCAACAAUUGUUUGAUAAACAAAUUGCAUUGGAUAAAGAGAAGGCUCAGUUGUUAAAAGAAUACAGUACGAUUGAACAACAAUUAGACGUGACUCGAGAAGCGCUUCAGAAGGUACGCCCCCCAGUGUUGCUUCAGAGCCUUUUAGAGCGAUUGGAUACAGAUGAAGUUCCGCGUGUACAAGUUGAAAAGGAUUGGAAGGAAGAUACCAAUUUGGUGACUGAAGUUGUAGGCGACAUGCAUGAUUCUCAGAAUGAAGAUACAGACGACAGUUGUGCUUCAUCAAUUACUUCUUCUCAAGAUCAGAGUGAAUUGUCGACGCUACAGCUAAAGCAACUCGGAACUCAAUGUGCCUCCAAACUCUCUACACUCUGUUACCUUGCCAGACUGGACGCUAGUCUUUAUUGUCUCAAGGUACUUGCUGGUCAUUUGAUUAGCAAGUCUCGUCAACAGUUGCUUCAAGUACAAGUCGCUUUAGGACAAGCAAGCAACGAUUUAGAUGAAACAAGAAAUCAAAUGACACAAUUGUAUGAUGAUGCUGCUGAAGUUGCUCGUCAAGUCUUUGCACUCAAGACAGAGCUAGAAACCAUUGUUCGCCAUCGAAAAGAAGAAGUAAUCAAAGUAUGGGAAGUGGUUGAUGAAGUAUCAGAGGGUGUCAAUGUGAGAUAUCAAUCUCAACAGAGACAAGAACACCAUCAACAACAACAUCAACAACAACAAGAAUAUAAACAGAAAGAGCGUACUGAAGAACAAGACCGACAUCAAUGGAUUAUUCGAGAGCUAGAGCAGUUACAGCAUGUGCAUAGCAGUUUACAAGAUGCCAUUAAAGACUUGAAGCAUGAACAAGUCAUGAUUAGCCAAAAUUUGAGGCAAUUAGCUGCUGUUUUUAUUGAACCUCAGGUAGAUAAGUUGGUUGGACAAGAUGAUACAUCGUUAUUAUCUAUCAGUGAUUUGCUAGCUGAGCUAAUGAAUCGUGUACGAGAUAAUGAGCUGGGCCUACGAUCUGUUUCAUUCUGCUCUACACAAGCCAUAUCGACUAUUAAUCCAGACUCUUCAGUCAUUUCAACACAGACCAAAUUAACAGGAACAGGAUCUCAUGCCUCCAAGAAUGUCAGACAAAGUCUUCAUCGCCUAUCUCACAUCUCUUCAAAUCGAUUGUCUGUAUCGACAUAUAACAGUAAUCGCUCAUCUAGCUACACUAGAUCAAUUUUAGACAACAGGAAUAGCAACAAACGUCUUUCUGCUGCAUUCAGUAUCAAGAAUGACAAGAAGCGAAUGUCUAUUAUAUCUACUACAAGUCUUUCUUCCUUAUCAUCAUACCAACAAGAAAGAAUUAUUUCUAGAGCUUCUAAUUUAAGCAACAUACUGUUUAAAGCUCAACAGAAACCAGAAUAA